AUGUUAAACAUUAUUGCAUCCGUGGCAGUACCUGUUGUAUUUGCCAUGGUGAUUAUCCCAUUAUAUCUGCGCUUUACUCUGGUGAUAGCCAGUCAUCGGGCUGGCUAUAUGUCGCUACCAACUGCAAGCACUAUAUCUGAAGCGAAUGUUGUCUCGUCUUCCACCACUGCCACGCAGUCUCGACCUAACCAUUCCGCGAGUCUGCAGGAUUCGGAAACUACUCCAUUGCUACCCCGUACAUCUCUCAAUGAGUCUGCUAGCGAUCUCUCAUCCCAGGAAACUAUUUGGACUGUCGGAGUUUAUCUUUCUCGGACUGUUGCAGUACUUUGUUUGCUCGUUGCAGCUGUAGAGUGCGUGCUUCUGUGGUUUCUGUUGUGCACCAGCCAAACAGACCCGUGGAAUCUGCUUGCUGUUUCUGGCACUGCCGCCAAUAUACUUGUUUGGAUAUUCGUGGCAAGUGCAAUACUGCGAUUCUCUUUUGGACUCAAUCUAGUUUCUUGGAACUCUGAAUGGCGGAUGCCUCUUCUUGCACCUUAUCUUGCUCUUUUGGUUCUUGCAAGCAGUGCUGUUCAUGCAUUUCAUGCUCUGACAGAUUUUCCUGCCACAUCUACUGCAUUGCGGUGGAGAAUCUUGCAUAUAUCCUCGGUCGCAUCAAGUAUGUUACUUUUUAUCAUUGAGGUAUUCCGUUCAGUUAAAAUUAGCGCCAAAUGCGAAGAUGCUCGCAUUCAACGUCUUAUAGCACAAACCGAUGUCAACGGGAAUCCUAUUCCCGUUCCUUGUACUGAAGAAUCUGCUUCGAUUUUCAGUAUCAUCUACUUUUCGUGGGUCAGCCCCUUGAUACGACUGAGUUCCCGUAUGUUCCUCGAACAUAAAGAUAUUUGGGCACUCAACCCGAUCGACUGUUCCAGCUCCAUUAUCGAUCGAUACAGCCGCAUCCGCACUCGUUUUAAAUCCCUUGGUUUCAAGCUCAUGCUUUUGAUUUGGCAGAGAUUUGCCAUGACAACACUAUUUUGUCUAAUAGGUGCUAUUCUUGCGCUGGCUCCACCGUUUUUCCUAAACAGGAUUGUGGAUUUCAUCGAGCAUCCAAAUGAUUCACCACUAUACAUGGGAUUCGUGUUUGCUUUGGGACUUUUUGGCUGUUCCAUGCUCAGGUCGUGGUGUGAUAAUCAGUACUUCAAUAACGGCAGAAGAACUGGUAUGCAUCUUCGUUCGGUUCUCAUUUCUGAAAUAUAUAAAAAAUCCCUGCGUCGAUGUAUUGCCACUACUCACAACAAGGGUGAAGACGACCAGUCGAAUGACAAGAAUGGCAAAGAUCCCAAAAGUGCUGGAAAAGACACCAAAGCCUCGUCCGAGGACAGUGAAUCAUCUCUUGGCAAGAUUGUCACACUUAUGUCAGUGGACACCCGUCGUAUCCGUGAAAUCAUUGCGUAUAUUCCUUGGGUGUUUACCACUCCCUUGCAGAUUAUUGCCUGUGUGGUUGCUCUAUUCGGCGUUCUUGGAUAUUCUGCUAUUGCUGGUGUCGCUGUGAUGGUUAUUACUAUGCCAAUAGUCAGUGUUGUCAGCAAAUUUCAAUACAAGGUCGGUGAUAUGUACAUGGCCAAAAUGGAUGCUCGUGUUGGUGUUGUCAACGAAAUGCUCCAAGGUAUCCGCGUCAUCAAAUAUUUUGGCUGGGAGUCAGAGUUCUUCAACAAGGUGAACAAGGCACGUCAAGGCGAGCUAAAUAGUUUAAUUUGGUGCUUCAUCAGCAAUUCGCUCAGUAAUAUAUCAUGGGAGUCCAUUCCUGUUUUGGUGUCGUUUGUUACCUUUAUGACCUACACACUGAUUGCUGGACAGCAGCUAACUGCCACCACUGCGUUCACCUCGUUGUCAUUGUUUAUGACAUUAAGAUUUCCACUUAUGCUGUUUCCUAAUCUGCUUAUGGAUGUCAUCCAAGGUAUGGUGUCACUUCGUCGUAUUGAAACUUUUUUGGCUCAGCCGGAGCUUGACAAGUAUAGCAGCACCAACGAUCAUCUGUUUGAACAAAAUUGGGAAACUGUCAAAACUCAGCCUGGAUUUGACCAUGCAUCAUUCACUUGGAAUAUUCAGGGUCAAUCUACUGAGCCCAAUCUGGAUGCUGUAGAUCAAACCGAUACACCCCGUGAAUCUGUCACGAAUCGUUCAAGUACAACUCAGCAUCAUCACUUUGUGCUUUCAGAUAUUCACGUCAAAUUCCCUGUUGGUCAACUGACUGCCAUCGUAGGUCUAACCGGUGCAGGAAAAAGCAGCAUUAUUAAUGCUUUGUUGGGUGAGAUGAAGACUCUUCGAGGCCGUACCAUUUUCCCUUCAGUUUAUUCAAGAUCUGCACCAGAUAUCAACUCUCGUGACGUCGGCGUUGCAUAUGUAUCCCAGACUGCCUGGCUGCAAAAUGCAACUGUGAGGGACAAUAUUUUGUUUGGGUCACUGUACGAUGCUGAUAGGUAUGCCAAGGUGAUUGAAGCAUGUGCAUUAGUUAGAGAUCUUGAAACAUUUCCUGCUGGUGAUCAAACCGAGAUUGGUGAAAAGGGAAUCAACAUGUCUGGGGGUCAAAAACAGAGAAUCUCACUUGCUCGUGCUUGCUACUCUACCGCCCAAUCAGUGAUUCUUGAUGACCCAUUGAGUGCCGUCGAUGCUCCUACAGCGCUGCAUCUAUUUGAAAAGUGUAUUCGCGGACUGCUUGCAAGUCGCACAGUAAUUCUUGUUACACAUGCUACUGGUCUUGUCUUGCCGUUUUCCGAUUAUAUUGUCUAUUUCAAAGAUGGUCGUAUUGCUGCUCAAGGCUUGCCCGCAGCCGUUCAAGCACAUUUUGAAACAACCGAUUGUAGCGAUAGUUUUGGUAACCAUUUACUUCACGCGAUCAAAGGUGACAAGAUUGAGAGCGAUGUAACUUCAAAAGUCGAAAACAAUGCAGCCAAUGAGUCGAGUGAAGGUGCCAAAACCAAGGGCAAGCUUGUUGAAGAUGAAACCAAACAGUCCGGAUCAGUGAAACUCGCCAUCUAUAAACAUUACAUAGGUGCGGUUGGCGGUUGGUGGUUUCUUGUCGCCUAUCUACUUAUUUCUACUAGCGCACGCGCAGUUCAGGGUUUGGACGACUUAUGGCUCAAGGUGUGGGCUGAUUCAUACAAGCAUACGGAUAUCAACUCGACAGCUUUGUUCAUGCCAGAUGUCUUUUUAAUGCAGUCCGUUUCACACCCACCAGUCGUACCUUUAGCUACUCCUGUUCGUGAUCCAAGCUUUUACAUUUGGGUUUACGGCGGUCUUGGACUUGGUGUCGUGUUUUUUGAACAACUUUUGUUGACUAUUCAAUAUGCUGGAUCCUACAAUGCUUCAAAGAAACUGCAUUCAUCCAUGUUGAAUAGGGUUCUAAACGCACCCAUGAGAUUCUUUGAUACUACUCCUAUUGGUCGCAUUUUGAACCGAUUCUCAAAAGAUAUUGAAUGUAUUGACAUGGAAGUGAGCAAUGGCGUUUCUGGAUUUCUUGGGAGUGCGCUUCGAGCUUUUACCGUGCUAAUGAUUGUUACCAUGGUAGCCCCAUUAUUGCUCCUGUUGUUUAUUCCUAUUGUUAUUAUGUUUUAUAACAUCUCCAAAUCAUACCUUCUUGCUUCGCGUGAACUUCGUCGUCUCGAGUCUGUAUCCCAAAGUCCCAUCUAUGCCAAAUUUUCCGAAACUCUUCAAGGCGCAGCUACGAUUCGUGCCUUUGGAGUCGAGGAGCAAUUUAUAAACGACAAUAUGAAUCUCGUAGAUAAAAACCAACAAGCACACUUUUACCUGUGGGCUUGCAAUCGAUGGCUUUCGGCUCGAUGUGAUCUGGUUUCUGGGUCGAUCGUUUUCAUAACAACAAUAUCGCUUGUAUUGGCAAGGGAUACACUGGAUGCUGGAAUAGCUGGCUUGUGUCUUGCGUAUGCGACCGAACUUGUUUUCGAUUUGGUAUGGGUGACCCGGUCCCAUGCUAUGAUGGAAAUGAGUAUGAAUUCUGUCGAGAGAAUAGAUGAAUACUUGCAGAUUGAGCAAGAUGCUGCUGCAAUUGUUGAUGACUACCGUCCUGCAGAGAAUUGGCCACAUCAUGGCUGUAUCGAUGUAAAGGAUUUGUCCAUUCGCUAUUCUGCUGAUCAACCCCUAGUUCUGGAUAAGAUAUCUUUCCAUGUUGGCACGUUUGAAAAAAUAGGCAUUGUCGGACGUACUGGUGCAGGAAAGUCUACACUUUCUUUAGCCAUGUUUCGCAUUGUUCCUCAUGACUCGGGUCACGUUCUGAUUGAUGGGAUGGAUAUUGGAAAGAUGGGAUUAUGGGACUUGCGAUCAAGACUAACGAUUAUCCCACAAGAUCCUGUGCUGUUUUCAGGUACUGUUAGAACCAAUCUUGAUCCAUUUGAUAAGCACGAUGAUGCAGCUCUAUGGGCUGCGUUGAAACGUGUUCAUUUCCUUGAAAGCAUGCAAACCAGACCUGGUCAUGAUGAUGCAAAUGGACCCAGAGGCUCUAUCGAAUCCAAAUCCGAAUCCAGCGCAACAUUAAAUUCCAAUAUACCGCAUAGUACCGACAAGAUUGAUGAUGCUACUGAGCCAUUGUGUGGACCCUCUAGCAAUGAGGCAAGUGCUGUCAGCAAGGGUUUUGAUCUUGAAUCCCCUGUUCAAGAAAACGGUACAAAUUUCUCUCAAGGACAACGACAACUGCUAUGUUUAGCUCGUGCACUCCUUCAAGCUUCGCGUAUCAUCAUUAUGGACGAAGCUACUGCUAGUGUUGACCAUUCCACUGACGCUAGAAUCCAAAACACAAUCAGAACAGAAUUCUCCAAUGCAACCGUGCUGACUAUUGCUCAUCGUCUCAGUACAGUGAUGGAUUAUGACAAGAUUCUUGUGUUGGAUAGGGGUCAGGUAUCGCAAUAUGGUAGACCCCACGAGUUACUUGAGGACAAAUCGGGCUUACUUUACCAAAUGUGUAUGGAGAGCGGUGAGAUGGAUUUGCUGGUCGAUAUUGCAGCCAAAAAGGCAAGUUUAAAUUCUCAAUAAAUCAAUUUUUGUGGACAUG